AUGAAGAUGAUGAAAGGAAGUGUUCUCCUUACGUUUUGUCUACUACUGCAUUUAGAAGCCGCAACAAAUUCCAGUGGGACUAGCACCUCUGCCAACACGGGAUCCAGUGUGAUCUCCAGUGGGGCCAGCACAGCCACCAACUCUGAGUCCAGCACAACCUCCAGUGGGGCCAGCACAGCCACCAACUCAGAGUCCAGCACGACCUCCAGUGGGGCCAGCACAGCCACCAACUCUGAGUCCAGCACGACCUCCAGUGGGGCCAGCACAGCCACCAACUCGGAGUCCCGCAUGACCUCUAGUGGGGCCAGCACAGCCACCAACUCGGAGUCCAGCACACCCUCCAGUGGGACCAGCACAGCCACCAACUCUGAGUCCAGCAGACCCAGUGGGGCCAGCACAGCCACCAACUCUGAGUCCAGCACACCCUCCAGUGGGACCAGCACAGCCACCAACUCUGAGUCCAGCAUGACCUCCAGUGGGACCAGCACAGCCACCAACUCUGAGUCCAGCACACCGUCCAGUGGGGCCAGCACAGCCACCAACUCUGAGUCCAGCAUGACCUCCAGUGGGGCCAGCACAACCACCAACUCUGAGUCCAGCACAACCUCCAGUGGGGCCAGCACAGCCACCAACUCUGAGUCCAGCACACCCUCCAGUGGGACCAGCACAGCCACCAACUCUGAGUCCAGCAUGACCUCCAGUGGGGCCAGCACAGCCACCAACUCUGAGUCCAGCACACCCUCCAUCCAGCACACCUCCAGUGGGGCCAGCACAGCCACCAACUCUGAGUCCAGCACACCCUCCAGUGGGACCAGCACAGCCACCAACUCUGAGUCCAGCAUGACCUCCAGUGGGGCCAGCACAGCCACCAACUCUGAGUCCAGCACACCCUCCAGUGGGGCCAGCACAGCCACCAACUCUGAGUCCAGCACACCCUCCAGUGGGACCAGCACAGCCACCAACUCUGAGUCCAGCACCUCCAGUGGGGCCAGCACAGCCACCAACUCUGAGUCCAGCACACCCUCCAGUGGGGCCAGCACAGCCACCAACUCUGAGUCCAACACCUCCAGUGGGACCAGCACAGCCACCAACUCUGAGUCCAGCAUGACCUCCAGUGGGGCCAGCACAGCCACCAACUCUGAGUCCAGCACGACCUCCAGUGGGGCCAGCACAGCCACCAACUCUGAGUCCAGCAUGACCUCCAGUGGGGCCAGCACAGCCACCAACUCUGAGUCCAGCACGACCUCCAGUGGGGCCAGCACAGCCACCAACUCUGAGUCCAGCACGACCUCCAGUGGGGCCAGCACAGCCACCAACUCUGAGUCCAGCACGACCUCCAGUGGGGCCAGCACAGCCACCAACUCUGAGUCCAGCACAGCGUCCAGUGGGGCCAGCACAGCCACCAACUCUGAGUCCAGCACAGUGUCCAGUGGGGCCAGCACAGCCACCAACUCUGAGUCCAGCACAACCUCCAGUGGGGCCAGCACAGCCACCAACUCUGGGUCCAGUGUGACCCCUGCAGGCUCUGGAACACCAGCUCUGACUGGAAUGCACACAACUUCCCAUAGUGCAUCUACUGCAGUGAGUGAGGCGAAGCCUGGUGGGUCCCUGGUGCCAUGGGAAAUCUUCCUCAUCACCCUGGUCUCGGUUGUGGCGGCCGUGGGGCUCUUUGCUGGGCUCUUCUUCUGUGUGAGAAACAGCCUGUCCCUGAGAAACGCCUUUAACACAGCUGUCUACCACCCUCAUGGCCUCAACCAUGGCCUUGGCCCAGGCCCUGGAGGGAAUCAUGGAGCCCCCCACAGGCCCAGGUGGAGUCCUAACUGGUUCUGGAGGGGUCCAGUAUCCUCGAUAGCCAUGGAGAUGAGCGGGAGGAACAACGGGCCCUGAGUGGCCCCGAAGCGAGUGCCGCAUUCUUCAGGAAGGAAGAGACCUGGGGACCCAAGACCUGGUUUCCUUUCAUUCAUCCCAGGAGACCCCUCCCAGCUUUGUUUGAGAUCCCGAAAAUCUUGAGGAAGACAUUCCUCACCUCUUUUGCCUUUAGCAGACACUGGAAAGAGAAUACUGUAUUGCUCAUUUAGCUAAGAAAUAAAUACAUCUCAUCUGACACACACGACAAAGAGAAGCUGUGCGUGCCCGGGGGUGGGUGUCUAGCUCUGAGAUGAACUUCUCAGUUAUGGGAGAAAAGCUCCAUGCUGGACUCUAUCUGGCAUUCAAAAUCUCCACAGUAAAAUCCAGAGUCCUCAUUCUUAUCUGUGCAUCUGCAUUUUCUAAUCCUUUUUGCCCUGGGCAAGUUACCCGUAUCUCUGAGACACCCCGGUUGGCUAGAGAAUUGACUUGGGAGAGAUAAGGAGGGAGGGCGGGUGCCAGCAUGCUAUGGGUUCGUGCGUGAGGCCUGUGGUACACAGCAAUUAGGUUGUGAUACGUGAAGAGCCGAGAGCAGGAUGAGGUGGAGGCGUUACAACUACCUGCUCUGUGUGUGUGUGUUGGCUGGGAGGAGGGGGUGCGCAUAUUCAUUUGAAGUCGAGGUUCCCAGGGCAUUUCCACCUGCUCCAGGCCUGACUUCCCAUCAGGGUGGAGGAGCUGGUGACACUCAUCUCCCUCAGAGUGCUCCCUGGUUUCCCAAGGGAAAGACUUUCUGGCCUGCUAAGGUCGAAUCUUCCAAGAGGCUCUUGGCAAAGACCGGAGACUCUCAUAAAUCCCCGCCCAGAAGAGCUGCACGUAUCCCUUUCAUGAGUCCAGGGAAGAGGGUCCUCCAGGUCUUGGCAGACAGAGGGGAGCUGCUUUGGAGGCUAAGUUGCUCUGAGCCCACAAGGGAAUGGAGGGCUCCUACUUGGGACAGAGCCCUCAGCAGAGAAUUAGCAGUCUGUUGGUGGGUUCACCCCAACUCACAGCAGUAGAAAUUGCUCCAUCUUCCACCACUUAUUGGGUUUCUCUAGCGUCAGCAAACCAAAGAGUUGGAUCUUACCAAUGCGGCUAUAGGAAAAUAGCCUGUUGCAUGGUGAGAGUGAUACCAUCUUGAACUGAAACCACCAUGAUGGCCAUUUUUUUUUUUAGAUGGAGUCUUGCAGUGGUGCAAUCAUAGCUCAUUGCAGCCUUCAAUUCCUGGGCUCAGGCAAUCCUCCUGCCUCAGCCUCCUGAGUAGCUGGGACUACAGUUUCGUGUGCCACCAUGCCUGGCUAAUUUUUAAAAUUUUUUAUAGGGACAGGGCCUCACUUUGUUGCAUAAGCUGGUCUUGAACUCCUGGCCUCAAGUGAUCCUCCUGCCUUGGCCUCCCAAAGUGCUGAGAUUACAAGUGUGAGCCACUGCACCUGGCCAGAUGUCCAGUGUUUGACCCCUGCAAUACCAAGGUGUUCUGCAUCAAGGCUUUAAAACAAUGCCUGUAGCAUAAUCAACCUCUCACAAAGAUGCUUAUCUAACCUCCCCAUCAGUCAUGGAUUUCGGCAAGAAAGUCUGUGAUGUGACCAGUUGCACGUUUUCCCCUAAAAGUUUACUCUAGAAAGGAUAUUUUUUGGAGAGGGAGUGCAGGAAUCCACCAUCUUGUGGCCACCUCAGACAUCACUUCUGUUUGGAAGUCUCCAUUAAAUAUUUCUCUGUG